CCCAAAAUGAAAGGGGUUAUAUAGAAUAGAAAUACAAGGUUUAUAGGGGUGUAAAUGAAAAAGAGAAGGGGAUCUGAAAGAGAAACCGCCGUGUGGAAGGAGGGCCUUCGUUGGAAUGGUAGAGAGCAAGCAAAGCUUCAACAAUGGCGCCAUGUGCUCUUUUCUCCUCUUUUUCAGUGCCUUUCCCUCGUGCUCUUCUUCUUUGUCAACUCCUAAUGGCCGUGGUGAAGGUGAAGGUGAAGGUUUUCAACAGUUUCUGCUCUCAUGGUUUAUAUCAGCUUCCAUUUUGUCGCUAUUGUCAUCGGCUUGGCCUUGAGCUCCGCCUUCAUUGUUUUCAUUUGCAUCCGCCUCAGCGCUGUCGUCCCUCGUGAGCCUGAGCUCCGUGGCGAGCUUGGUUUUCAGCUGAAGAAAACAAACAAAGGUUUGGAGCCAAUUAAACUUGCUGCAUUUCCUACAAUGAUUUACAACAGUGAAGUUUUACAUUCUAGAGAAGAUAUCCAGUGUUCUAUAUGUUUAGGGGAGUAUCAACAGAGUGAAUUAAUAAGAACACUGCCUACAUGUGGCCAUUGCUUUCAUCUUAUUUGCAUAGAUUCAUGGCUUCACAAUCAUUCAACAUGUCCAGUUUGCCGAUUAUCAUUGAAUGAUUCAGACGACUCCUUGAUCGAAAUACUUCAAGCAAUGGAAGUGGACAGUCCUCCUCUGCAUCCUCUCACUCAUCCCUGACCCUGUUUUGGCAUCAGCAAUGACUUUGAAAAUAACUGAUAAUUUCAUGUGUGUCUGUCUUUUACCAUUCUGAGUUUCUUUAUGCUCAUCAACAACUCAAAAUCCAUGACAUUGAGCUUGUGUUUAUAGGUAUGAUGGUGGUUCUGUACAUUGUGCUUCUAAGUCAACAAUUUUGGCAGCAUUUGCA